ACAUGGGGAAAUCUCUUUCACAUCUGCCUAUGCACACAUGUAAGGAAGAUGCCUGUGAUGGAGGUACAGGAUCUGAUAACAUGCGGAAUGGUUUGGUUCACUCGGAAUCCCACAAUGAAGAUGGCCGAUGUGGAGACGUAUCGCAGUUUCCAUACGUAGAGUUUACGGGGAGAGACAGUGUAACUUGUCCUACUUGCCAAGGAACAGGAAGAAUUCCCCGAGGACAGGAAAAUCAGCUUGUAGCACUAAUUCCAUACAGUGAUCAGAGACUGAGGCCAAGAAGAACAAAACUCUAUGUGACUGCUUCUGUAAUUGUAUGUUUACUACUUUCUGGGCUGGCUGUGUUCUUCUUGUUUCCUCGCUCGAUUGACGUUGAAUACAUUGGUGUGAAGUCAGUAUUUGUCACUUAUGAACAGAGUAGACGCAUAAUAUAUCUAAAUAUUACGAACACACUAAAUAUAACAAACAACAACUAUUAUUCAGUUGAAGUGGCAAACAUCACAGCCCAAGUUCAGUUUUCGAAAACAGUUAUUGGCAAAGCACGGCUAAACAACAUCACCAACAUUGGCCCGCUGGAUAUGAAACAGAUUGACUAUAUGGUGCCUACAGUCAUACAAGAUGAAAUGAGCUACAUGUUUGACUUCUGUACUUUAUUAUCUAUCAAAGUGCAUAACAUAGUAGUGAUGAUGCAGGUCACAGUGACAACAUCUUACUUUGGCCACUCUGAACAAAUAUCCCAAGAGAGAUACCAGUAUGUGGACUGUGGAGGAAACACAACCUACCAGCUGGGCCAGUCGGAAUAUUUAAAUGUACUUCAGCCUCCACAAUAAAAGCAGCUUUUGGCUGAUGUGGAAUGACUGCUGUUGAUGCUGCCAGAGAUCAUUUAAACAGGACUGGUACUAUGUAAAGGGGGAAGUAUAUGCAUGUGAAGCAUAGCAGAUCUGGCGAUCUGCUCACUUUGAAUGCAAGAAGGGAGAAGGUAUGAAAUGUAUAUAGAUGCACUUGUUAAACAUUGUGUUUCCCCUUCUGUUUGCUUUCCAUUACAUGUAGACACUUCUAUCAAGUUGUACGGUGGGAGGGAGAAGGGGAGUAUCAGAUUCUUGAAUUGAACUGGGACCUUUCCUUACAGUGUGGUACAUCAGUUUAAAGUAAAUGUAUGUAUGUGUAUGUCUGUUUAGGUGAAGUGUGUCACUAAUGAGCAUUUUAGAAAAACAAAUACUCACAAACUUAAGUUUAUACUUCAGUUCUUGCUAUUUGGCUCUUGAAGCUUGUGAUACUGCUAUAUAAAUAACAAGAUUGCUUUGAGGUAACUGGGUAUAAAACUUUUAUUAGUACACCAGUGGCAAUAGUUCUUUGUUUCAGGAUUCUACUUCUUGUUUGCUAUACUUGAUUAGAGGUGAUGUGAGCUAUGUAAGCCAACAAAGCUCUCAUGGAUGACAGCAUACUUGAAUGUGCAGCUUCUAGAAUCUGACAUUUUUUUGCUCAUAUCCCUCCUGCUACCUCUGGGUUGUUAUAAGGAGAACGUAUGUUAGGUUUAAGUUGUGGGGUUUUUUAAAAAAAAAAAAAAAGGGGGGGGGGGGGGGGAGGGAGGAGGGGCAACAAUCCCCCAGAUCACUACUGACAAAGGAAAAAUUAAAGACUGUAGAAAAUGAAUGGGUAAAGACUAUGACGCUGUCAUUCCAGGUUUUUUUGUCAACUUCCAAGCACAGCUGUUAAACUCAAGAGAGUGUUGUUGGGAACUAAGUGGGAAGUUGUUUGAGCAUGAGUUUUGGCGGCUUGAGGUGAACUUGCAGCAUUUUUAGUGUUUUAAUACACUGUGUAUCUAAGCUACCUGUCAGUGUUGAUAUGUUGCGCUAUGUGUGUUUAGUGUGCAGGCUCAGUAAGUGGUACUUGUCUGAAUCUUCUGAGCCCUCACAGUUCACAGCAAAGCUGCGUAAGUGAGAAUAAAGCAGAUUUUCUGUAAAAAUAAAUGCUAAUAUAAUCGUGAGACUGACAACAAAAGCUGUUACAAAUAGUUUCACUAGGGUAGUUUGCACAGUGAGACUUUCUGGGGCUCUGAUCAAACAUGGUGACUGUAAAUUUCAGGUCCAAAAUUCCUUGAUUUCUAGAGGCUGACUGUUGUUCUAAGGGUUAGGUGCAAAAUGUUUUAAUGAAGUAGGCUAGGACUAUUUUAUUUCUAAAUUAGGUAAGAUGCAUCUGUAAGAAGAGAGGAUUGAGACUAAUGGAUAAUAUUCUUUUUAAACAGAUGUUGCAGUUUUUAUGCUGCCUAUCUCCUUGAAAUAAGCUGUAUAAAAUUAAUUGGCAAUAAACACUAAGAAAAAGGCUGCUGAGUAACUUCUUGCAUCUAACAGUCUCUUAGGCUCCAGUACUUCAGUGAAGGUAUGCAUCUAUAUUACUCGUCCUCAACAAUUUUUUUUCAGAUGAACCUAAUUUAAAAAAGAAAAACCUUAUCCAUCACAUCAGACUGAUUUACAAAAAAAACCAACCAAACAAAAAGCCCGGGCUCUUUGUAUCUAACUACUGUGAAAAAAAUUCUGAACUUCUAACAAAAAUCUGUCUCUGCAUAUUGGAAUCUAAACAAUUAGCUUUGAGUUUCACUGAGAAGAUGAAAAUGUUAGCGUAUAGCUUUGGAGAACUUAUGGUACUGAAAUAGCUGGGGUUUAGUUUGUUUGUUUCUGUAACUACUCGCUGCAGUAACAUUCUAAAACUUAUUCUUGGCACGUAAAAUUAAAUGUUCUUUGUUGGCUUAUGAUCAUAAGGAAGAAUAGUAGUUUACAACUGACUUUCUAAACUUCCUGGAGUGUAGGUUCAGUUCAGUGGCUGAUGAAGCACAUGCAGGGCUUAUCCGAUGGUCUGAAAGGACCUACCGGAUAACUAAAGAUUGAAAUAAUGAGGAGCCGAUAAGAAGCGGAGAGGUAAAAUCUACUAAAUUAACUGACAUAAGUUUCACUUACGUUGGAGGGUAGGGAGAGAAUUCUAGUUUAGACCAUGUCGGAUCUGAAGUCAACCGGUAAGUGGUGUGGGGUUUUUCUGUAGACCUGAAUGUUUAAACUUCAAAUUGUUUUUAUUGUAGGAAAACAAUUGUAGACAGAUAUUUUGUAUAAGUUUAAACAAAGAUUUUCUUCAAAGGAAUGAACAAUCUAAAAUAACUGGAAUGGCAAAAUGGCAUAGGUUUUUCAGGGAGUACUGAAUGCUGCUUAAACAGGUGUGUGGGAGGAUUUUGCAUUGCUCAUGCAGUGUUGUGAGACUGAAAGUGACCUUUGGAAGUUUGGCCAACGUGUUGAGCAAAAGGCAUACUUAAAUCUAGGAGUCUUAGAUUGCCAUAAAAUGCUUGGUGUUGGCUAAUUUGAAAACAGGACUUUUGAGUGAAUUAUUCUUUCCAUGUGUGUGGAACAAAUGAUACAAGUACUAUUUUUUCAGUGUCUGUUAUUAUGCAGGAUAAUCGAAUGGAUGUGAACUUUGACAUUAAUUUGUGGUAGACUUGCUGAAUGGCUAAGAGCUCUCACCUGAAAAAUGAAGGCAGGAGUAAAGAUCCUAUUGAUGAAUCCUCAAAUUAGUUACAGGAGAAACAAAGGCUUACAGUUCUGUUUGUGUGAGCUUUUCCUUGCAAAACAGUCAGCUUGUGACUAACCAAACAAGGCAAGAGUUUGAUUAACUUAACGACUAAUUCUUAUUUACCAUUUCCUCAUGUAAGAAUUAAGGCAUCUGCUAAAAUACUUAACUUGAAAUUGUGGUUUGUUUUUUUUUUUUUUUUUUGUGACUGAGCUUGAAAACAUUAUGCUAAGGGGGCACAGGAAGUGAAUAUAGCUUGUAAACAAGUAUGAGAACUGA